AUGCUUCGAUUUUCCCUAUUGUGUUUAUUGCCUCUGGUAGUAUCUGUAACAGAACAACUAGGCAACGACGGAAUUAGAUAUUAUGGAACAUCAAACGUUCGUUAUCAGCAGACAUAUCCGCCACCUUUAUCAUUUCCUGGAAGAUCGCAGUCAAUUACAAUCUCAACUACUACGGAUACUUCACCAUUGACAACAAAACCAGCUCCACCAACUGCAGACGUUCCUAAAAGUUUAAUCAGUAAAGAUAAUGUCACAACUUCAUCAGGACCAAUAUAUCUAAAGCGUCGAAAACCAUUUCUACUACCGCGUCGCACAAUACUAGGGUCCAGGCCAAAGCAACAGACUACACAAACAUUGGCUGUAGUUGAUCUUCAGCCCAAUUCAUUUGUUGAUACUCAAUCGCCAAAACUUCCUGCGCCUCAACCUUCUCUCAUUUCUUUUUACCAACCAUCAAAUGUUUCUGCCCCUAACGACGUAAUACAAGUUACUGGCCCCCAAAGGCCUAUAUAUACAACUCUUGAAACAUCAACCGUUGAUGUCGUUAGUCCCACUCUCACAACGGUUUCUGCUCAACCAAAUGCAUCUCCAGUAGCAGUUCAACCUAAAAAGAAACCAGUUUCUUUUGCGUUAAAGCCUGAAGGUAUACUAGAAACUGUCCCAAUAUCUUUACCACAAUCACAGCUAAUACUUCAGGCCAAACCAGAGAUAAAUACUGCAUCUGCCCAAGAACAAGAUCCUCAACCAGAAACUGAGUCAACUACUAUAUCAAGUUUUUCUAAACCUAAUCAAGUUUCAUACCCAAUCAAUAUGAGACCAUACAUUACAUUUGCCCCACUUUUAGAGCCCAUACCAGUCGAAGAACCAGAUACAACUGAGUCAACUGCUUCAACCGGUUCAACUACCGAAACACCACCAAAAGCAGAACUAGUAGCUGAACCCAUUGAAAUACCAUCAAUGGCUAUCAAUUUUUCAUCAGUAAACGCUGCCAAUGGCCUACCUAUAAUUAACACUACCUCUCAAACCCCUACAGACACUGAAAUGCAACCACCACUAUUGACCGCUUCUAAACUGCCACUUACUGAAACUGAAACGCGAGUUAUAACUGCUCCUCGUGUAGUAAUACAGCUAAUUACAGAUUCGCAGGUGCCUUUGAAUUCUGAAUCCGCGAUCUAUCAACCAGAUGUAACCUCAGUCCAAUUAAAUAAAACAGCUGAUCUACGGCUUCCAGCACCUUUACUAUCUACAUUAACUACGCCAACAAUUUCUGAAGCAACUGUUCAGCCUAAGACAGAGCCUGCUAUAAAUGUAACAGAUCCCAAUAUUAUAGUUGAAUCAGAGCUUGUUCCUCAACUAGAACCAGAACCAACAGCUCAGCCAGAAAUAGAACCAACAACUCAAUCAGAGUCAGAACCUUCUACUCAACCAGAACUAGAAACAACCACUCAGCCAACUUUUCAGUCAAAACCAAAUUUAACUACGCCUGAACAAAUUUCAUAUACAGUAAAGAUAACACCAAGAGGCGAGGAACGUAUAGAGGAAUAUACAACGGUACUCUCAUUUAAACAAAGAGGCGAUGCCAUCUCUGAACCGUCUUUCACUUUCGAAACACCAGUUAAUGCAACGAAUCAAACACUUGGCACUGAAUCACAACUUAUAGAAUUAGUUCCAACACAAAUACUGGCUACCAGUCAACUACCAAUAAUGACGACCAGUCCUCAGCCAGAAGUAACAACUACCCUUCAAGAAUCUAUUGUUAUUGAUAAUAAUCCACCUCAAGCAGCUUCCGCUCCUCAAGAAAUAAUACAACUAAUAAUGCCUCCCCAACCUUCUCUAAAUGUUGCUCCUCAACUACCAGUGUCUCCCGCUCCCAAACCCUUAGCAGUUGUUACGCCUACGUCACGUAUAUCUGAAGAGCCUCAAAAAGCUGACCAACCUGAGCUGUUUUCUGUUACUGAAGUGUCAGAUUCCAAAUCAGAACUAGCCACUUCACAAGAGUCCAAACAAGAUGCUCGACCAAACCCAGAAUUAGCAACUCAUUCUGAAUCAGAAACAACUUUCGAACCAGAAGUAGUCAUUUUAUCUAAGCCCUACUCCUAUCCAGUUAAACUAAGGCCAAAAGUCAGCUUUGUCGCAGUACCCGAUUCAGCAUGGAAGGAUGUAGCUCUUAAACCACAACUUGGAGUUUUACCACCUCUUUUACCCAGACCUAAACCUAUUCGGGAACCAGCUUACGGUCGCCAUAACCAAUCUACUACCCAGUAUCCAAUAACCUCAACGACACAUCACGUGCUUAAGGUUUCGCCAAUCAUUAAGCCUACUCCGGCUCCAUUUAUAUCUACAUCUAAUACUAUUUGGCAGCCUAAUUAUGGUCGGUAUACGCUACCUACCACCCAGAAUCCGAUUAUAGAAAUGACACAGAAUACGACUGAAGUCCCUUUAUACAAUGUAUCUACUUCAAAACGACCUGAAUCUUCAAACCUCGACUUCUUUUGCAAUGAGGGAAAUGGAUACUAUACAGUUGAUUAUGAGUGCGAUACAUACAUUCUAUGCCAGCGAAAGAAAGCUACAAAGUUUUCUUGUCCCGACGGCCUUUACUUCAACCCUGCCGCCAAAUAUAAUGAGUACCCCUGUGUUUAUCCUUCGGAGGUGCAGUGCAAUGGUUCAACCGGAAAACAAUACACAAGACCAGCAAUAACUGGGACGAGGCAGUGUCCUAAGCAAUAUGGGUUAUUUGCAAUUAAUGAUGGCGACUGCAGCAAAUACAUUAUGUGUAACAUAGGUGUAGCAACCGUCAUGAAUUGUCCAGCUGGACUAGUUUUCAACCCAUCCACUGAAAGUUGCGAUUGGGUAGCAAAUGUGCCGCAAUGUAAUCCUCGAGUGUUCAAGGACUACACUUGCCCGGAUCCCCCGGUUGAUGAAUAUGGUGUUGCCACAGAUAUAAUAUACAAAUACAAAUACAGGAACCAAUGCACGCAGUACAUAGCGUGCCAAAGAGGAUAUCCUCGACUCUUGAGCUGUGAACGUGGUUUGGCCUUCGAUGAUGAGUCACAAUCGUGCAUUAGUUCUGUUUAUGUACCAAACUGUGCACCAUAUACAGCGUAA